AUGUAUUCCGCAGACCAGUUCAUGAACCCUGGGCCCGCCCCUCGCCCACCGACCGAUCGCCCGAAACUUAACCUCUCCGCAAGCAGCGGUGUAACGACGUCUCUUAAUCAGAUGAGCCUAGAUUCUCCAAGCACCCCGAGCGCUAACCUGUCAUUGUUCCCGAAUACCAGCAGCCCUUCUCUCGUGCGCACAAGGACAGAUCAAUCAGGUUCUGCCGUGGUCAAGGAAGGAUAUCGUUUCCUAAUUCUUCGCGAAUCUCGCUUGGAUUUCUUGAAGAAUGAGGCAGGAAAGGUGGUUCUCUCCAUACCUCUUUCGGCAGUCACAGGUGUUUCUCGCUCUGAAGAUACACGAAUGGCCUUCGAAAUCGUCCGUCUAGCCAAUCCGAAAGAUGCGACCUCCAAGGCCGCCCUGAUCACUCGGGAUGUUCCCACGAAAAGUCUGACUUGUGAGGUCAGAACUGAUGAAGAGAUAUAUGACUGGAUUGAUAAGAUAUACGAACGUUGCCCCGGAAUGGGUGGUGUAAGCAAUCCGACAAACUUCAGCCACCGCGUUCAUGUCGGUUUCGACCCGCGGACAGGAGCCUUCGUUGGUCUACCUCCAGAGUGGGAGAAACUUCUUACUGCAUCCGCAAUCACCAAGGAAGACUACAAGAAGAACCCGCAAGCAGUCAUCGAGGUUUUGGAGUUCUACUCCGACAUUAAGAUGCGUGAACAAAACCCGCAGUAUUACGCAGGUUUGGGCUCUCCAGCUGGUCAGGCAAAGCCGUAUGGUAGCAGCACUGUUGGCGGUUCAAUCGCACCCCCAAGACCACCCCCACCACCCCCUGCACAACGUCUGGACAGUGGUCAAUCCUACUCUAGCCACUCUGCAUCGUCUGGCCAUUCUCCGAGCAAAUCCGGCUCUGAUAGGGCCCUAGAUCAACAGCAGCAGUUAGAGAAAAUGAAGCAGAUGGCCGAUCUGGAGCGCCAACGCGUGGAGGAGGACCGCCGUCGACGCGACGAGGAACAGAGUCGGCUCGAGCAGGAUGCUUAUAACGCUUCGCUACCUAAGACCCGUGUCCCUCUUGCCAAGCAAGAGCUCGGAGGAUAUGGAUCACCCGAUCCAUCCAUGAAUGACCGCUACAAGCCGAGCCGUCCUGCUCCGCAAGCCCCUGGUUCUGCACGUCAAAAUCAAGAUCCGGCACGCCAGCUGACCGCUCAACGACCGGCACCGUCUCCACCGACUGCAGGACAGAGGCCUGGAGACUAUUCAUCCAAUGGCGCUUCUCGGGCUCCGGGAUAUGAUUCUUACAAUUCCAGAUAUGCUUCCCAAGAUUCUCGAACCCAGACGUCGGCCGCUCGCACUCAGAACAAUGGAAAGACACAACAAGCCCAUGGCCCUCCUCCUAGCAAGCUUCCUGCUCCUGUGCAGCCAGUCAAGCCUCUGAACAUUGCGAACAAGCAGGCACCUAAAAAGGCUACCCCAGAUGGUGUCCGCCAGGCCGAAGCUGCUCUGACCAAGAAGGCCGACCCGCACAAGAAGGAAGUCCGCAUGUCGGCAAUGAGCGAGAAUGAAGUUAUGGAUAGACUGAGGUCGGUCGUGUCUAAGGACAACCCCAAUGAGUCUUAUAGCAAGCAGCGAAAGAUCGGACAGGGAGCUUCUGGAUCUGUGUAUGUUGCUCGGGUCAAAGAAAAUGCCACUUCUGGAGUCGCUCGAGAGCUAUAUCGGCAAUAUGGUCCACGCUGCCAAGUCGCCAUCAAGCAGAUGGAUCUACGUAGUCAGCCGCGCAAGGAGCUGAUCGUCAACGAGAUCAUUGUCAUGAAAGACAGCCAACAUGCUAACAUUGUAAACUUUCUGGACUCGUUUCUCCAGGAGCAGAGCAAUGAACUCUGGGUGGUCAUGGAGUUUAUGGAAGGUGGAGCUCUCACCGAUGUUAUCGACAACAACCGUGUUAUUCAGGAAGAUCAGAUUGCUACAAUCUGUGCUGAGACGUGCAAAGGACUGGCGCACUUACACAGUCAGAGUAUCAUCCAUCGUGAUAUCAAGAGUGAUAAUGUUCUCCUUGACCGAGCUGGCCAUGUUAAGAUUACUGAUUUCGGUUUCUGCGCUAAGCUCACUGAAACGAAAAGCAAGCGUGCCACGAUGGUUGGUACCCCCUAUUGGAUGGCGCCUGAGGUCGUCAAGCAGAAAGAAUAUGGCCCCAAGGUUGACUGCUGGUCUCUGGGUAUCAUGGCUAUUGAGAUGAUCGAGUCCGAACCCCCAUAUCUGAACGAGGAACCCCUCAAGGCUCUGUACCUGAUUGCCACCAAUGGUACCCCAAGGCUCAAGGCUCCGGAGAAGCUCAGCAAGGAGCUCAAAUCUUUCCUCAGCGUCUGUCUGUGCGUAGCUGUGGACAGCCGCGCCACAGCACAAGAGUUGCUGGAACAUGAUUUCCUCAAAACGGGUUGCAGCCUCGCUAGUCUUGCAGAAUUGCUCCGCUGGAAGAAGAACACUCAGUAA